CUCUGCCUUCAUAAACAAAACCCAGAGCUGCUGACUCACAGACGAACCAACGCCGGAGCAGCAGUGUGCAGAACCUCUUCACACCGACACCACUCAGCCGGCACAGAGAGGAGAUGAGGAGGCUUAUCGCAAAACUCAAAGGGAAGAGUAAAGCAUGGAAGGUGGAGCAAAAGUCGUUUCUAAUCAAGAACAACAACAAUGUGCCGGACGGACAUGACCAGGCAGGUGAGCGGCCUGACGCGCCCUCGCCUCAGAACACUUUCAACACCCACGAGGAGCAGCGUCUGCGGAGAAUGCCCGAGGAGCUCGCUGUGUUUCUGAACGUGGCCCCUGAUGCCACCUGCGCCACCUGUGAGGAUGGAUCUUUGGACGUCGAACGCCUCAUACAGAGGUCUGCGUGCAAGCACUUUCCGAAGCCGCCGGCACAUCUGGACAAGAACCUUCGGAAGCACCUGCUGGAUGUGCAGGAGGCGGUGCUCCAUGAGCUUCUGAGGCUGGGUCCCCUGCUGGAGCCUGAGGGGUUGAUGGGAUGUCUGUUGGAGCACUACCACUGUCAGACGUUUGACCACCUCCAUUGUCUGCUCCAGAACGUCACCUCCACCAAGAACUCCUUUGUGCUGAUGCACUGGGUCCUACAUACGUACCAGAGUGAAGAGUUUCUUGGUCACCCUGACCUUCAAGAAAUGGAUACCAUUAAAAAAGUGGAUGACCCGCUUGUCAAUGAAUGGCUUGGAAAUGCUCGGGAGAAAGUGCUUGAAAAUCUUCAGAAAGAGGUCCGCGGGUCCCUGGAGAAGAUCCUGCAGAUUGCGAUUGGCCAACAACAUUGUGACAAUGAAGAAGCUUAUGUUAGACUUCACGUUGACACUAUUCAGUGCAUUAAUGCCAUGCACAGUGAAGCGCAAAAAAUCUGCUCCGAACUGUCCGGUCAACUGCAAGAGGCUUGUUUCAAGGAGCUGCUGAUAUUUGUGAGGAGGUACACCGCUGAGCAGACAGAGGCUCUUCAAAAAAAGGCAAAGAUGGACAAACCAGAAACAAUCCAUUUCCUCAAGACUUUGACGGCCUGUAAGAAACUCAAGCAGUACGUCCAGACUAAAGGCAAAGGCAUCGAACCUUCCCUUCUCAAGGAGAUGGUGGAAAUGCUUGAAAACAUGGAGGCGUGUGCAUUGGAUCUUCUGAUGGGCAUUGUAGCUGGCAUCGCAAAGAGCCACCUUACUCAGUAUUUUAAAUCAGAUAGCAGACGGUUCCUCUUGUUCAGAGUCGUAGAGGAGUAUUUCCCCAAGCUGUCGUAUGGUGUGGAUGAACAAAAGAAAGUGAUGGAUGAGGCCUAUGAGCUCAUCGCUCGUAUUUACGUCGAACAUCUUGUCCAAAACAAGCAGAGCGUACUGAAGAAGCGCUGGAGUCCCAAUGUUGGACAAACAGUUGCUGAAGAUGCGAAGCACCUUCACACCAUCAUAUCACACCUGGCUCCUGGUGUCCAACAGUUUAACCUCAUUCUGCUGAAAGUCACAGAAAUACUGGAGUGCAACAGCAUCGAGGCUUUGAAGAUCACAGUUGCAAGCAUGCAAGCGCAAAGUCUCACAAAGAGCGAGGACGGGGUGUUCCUGAUCACCCUGCUGCGAUGGAAGGGUCUUAAUAAUUGGGAGGUCAAGGAGGUGCUGGACGCCCUUCCUCCCGACCUUCAACCCAGACCUGAUCCUGAUGAUCAACAAAUGACAAACACAUCCUGGUACUCCUGUUUUAUCUUCUGGUGAGGACAUCGAGGAGCACCACUGAGGGUUCACAAGACUUAGUCUGGUCAUGAACCUUUCUGAUUAGCUCAAUCCUGUUAAAAAGUCACUGCGUUACUGAUUUCACUUCACCAGUCUGAUCUCAAGACGCAGAUGUAGAUAAAGAGAAGCACGCGAGUCACUGUACAGGAGGUUUUAUAAACUUGAGAUAUCAAGAUUUGACAAAAGGCUAAAUAUUGAUGAGUUACUGAAUUGUUGCUGUCAUUGCAGAAAAGGAAAAUCUUGUUGGCCUUAAUGUCCUUAUUUUUGGCGUAGCCAGACGAAUACUCAAGUGCGUUUUAGUCUGGGACCUCUGGGUCACAAUGUCUGCGGAUGAGCGUUGCCCUUUUUGUGGGAGAAAUUUGAAAAAUAUCGGAUAGUUUUAGUCAAAUGCUCGUUCAUCAGCGGCAGCCAUCUUGGGUGUUUACAAAAGUCGAUCCCGUCCGCGUCGUUGUAAGAACCCCGCCCAUUAUCAGCACAAUCGGUUGUGAUUGGACGAGCAAGUUUUCUGCCGAAAGUUUUUCACAUGUGCACUGUUUAAAAAAAAUAUAUUUAUGUGGAUUUUGUUUGAGGGAAAAGUGACAUGACCUUUCUGAAUGUUGACACACUUAACUGCUUAAAAAUGUGGUCUUGUGCAGCGGACGAUACAAGUGUUUUGUUUCUUAAGCUGAACUUGAAUAUUACACAGUUUUGGAAAGUUUGGAAAUUAGUUUUUACUCAAAGGGGAUCACAUUAAAGGGAAUGUUUAACUUAUUUUGUUAUGUCUUUAGAAGCAAACUCUCAGAUGCCUUUGUAUUUAGAGCAGGUAAAAAAAGCAGCUAUAUGUUUAAUUGCACUUAUAAAGAGGCAUUGUUUCAUUAUCGGUGAAAGUACAUUUGACAUUAUUUAUUAUGUUUUUAUUAUUUUUUGAUACAAAUGUGCACAUUUCCUGUUUUCACAAUCAGUUACACGGUACAUGUCUAACAAAGUCUAGUAUUAAAAUGUGUUUUAGUUCCAAAACACAUGUCUGAAUGAUACUUUUAACAAGACUAUGUUCCCCACUUGUGUGCUGUUGUGCGCACUUUUUUAAUUUCAUUUGAACUUCUAAACGUAGAUCUGCAAAGUCUUGCUACAUAUCUGAGUUCAUUUUUUUUUAAAUAAACUCAGUAAAUGGUCUUAUUUUAUAUGUGAGGUGUACGGUGCUGGUUUGCUGGUAUUAAUUCUGUCUUCAUUUCCAAACAAAAGUCCUGUGCAGGUUCAGUAUAUUUAAUGUAUAUUGUUGGUGUAUGUACUGUAUUCUUCUAUGGGGAUUAUUCUAAUGAACAACUUAUCAGGGUAUGGAAAAUGUACUUUUUUCUUCCGUGUCAGCAGUGUCAUUAAAAAAACAAUGUAUUGACAAAAGGA